CCUAUUUAUUUCUCUCUGCUCUCUUCCUGAAGCUUCAUCUUUUGUUUGACAAGAAGAGGUAGAGAAGAUCAGAUGUCUCAAUCAAUCUCCUCCAGCACAAAGGCAGAAGAAGUUGUUAGUGUAGAUGUGAGCGAAGCCAAGGCUCUCCUCCAGUCUGGGCAUCAAUAUCUUGAUGUUAGGACUCAGGAAGAGUUUAGGAGAGGCCAUUGUGAGGCAGCUAAGAUCGUCAACAUUCCCUACAUGCUCAACUCACCUCAAGGUAGAGUGAAGAAUCAAGACUUCUUGGAGCAAGUCUCUUCUCUUCUCAACCCAGCUGAUGAUAUCCUUGUGGGUUGUCAGAGUGGAGCCAGAUCCUUAAAAGCCACAACUGAACUUGUUGCCGCAGGUUACAAGAAAGUGAGAAACAUGGGAGGUGGCUACUUGGCCUGGGUGGAUCACAGCUUUCCCAUCAACAAGGAGGAGGAGGAGCCAUCUGCAAACUAAUCAUAUUAAGAUUCUCAUCUUUCUUGUCGAAUAAUAUAAUUGCCUGUGUGAUGUAAUAAUCAUUUUCUAUUUAG